AAGGGGGUCACCAUGGCACGGCGAAUACCAGUCGCUACACAUCACUUUCCCCGCCGGCAGACAAUUUGAAACGUUUCGGGAUCAUUUGUUGACGUUUUACCGGCGGAUUUUGUAUACGAAUUUAGCAGUUGCUCGCGCCGCGCAUUUUCCGGUUCUGAACGAAUAAGUUCGUGUUGUGAGUUUCCUUGCACUCGGCGAUGCCAAAUAACCGUUGGACAGUGCCAGGAGCAAAACGUAGCAAUCGGAGAACGUUGUAAUGUCGUGGACGGGAAAGCCAAAGAGAAAUGGAAACGAUGAGCUGCCAACGGAUCGGGCGGCAGUGAAAAUCAUCAGGACAGCCCGCUCGGUGAGGUCGCCCAAUUCCCGACAAGAUAAUUGCAGCCCCACGAAGCAACCGGUUACGAAAGUAGCAAAACUUGUAUACGAAGCAAAACGCCAGCCAACGUCGGCAGUUGUUAAAUCCAUUCACAGCUACCGGGUCCCCCAAAACAGUGGAAGAACGCGAGAAAAUCAGAAUAACGUGCGUUCUAAGGGUCAGCCCCUUCAGAUCGCCAAGAAAAUGGAUCCGGCUCCAACCCAUGAGGAAGUUGCGUCUAAGGAGGCCUUUCAUUCGCCAGCUCUCUCGGCUUUUAUUGAGAAACGUCUCGAGCGGCAGGAGGUGGACGAGAUCCAUGGCAUAUUAAGAGGGUUGUCCGACGAACGUGGAGAGGAAUCGAAUGAACCAGCGGCUCCCAGUACAGCUCAUACCGCGUCCAGUAAUAUGGAAGCCGCUGAACCGCAAACUUCAAAAACAAAUACAGAGACCAUCCGAACCAGAGGAUCUUCCACGAAACGAAGCAAGACUGACCCCGAAUUGGUCGGACGCGGUCGCUCAAAAGGGAGCAGCAGCACUACCAACUCAAACCACCGCACUAGUGACAAGGCUACUGCAAGGUCAAAGUCAUCGACAAGGACCAAGUCACAACGCACAAACGCCAGCAGCAACGUCGUCUCUAAUCCCACACCGAAGCAACGGUCCUACGACCCACAGAAGGCUCGACAAUUUAUGCAAGAUCAACGAGAACGCCGAAAGGCAAUGACUGUAGACACUAAAAAGGUAAUUUCGCAAGUGGAACGAGAAGAGAUCAAAAAACGCCUUGAAAGCCUUCGAAAGAAUACGCUGGCGAUCCUCCAGAAGAACGUGAAAAAGGCGAGGAGGAAGUCGAUUGACAUGAAAACAUCUGCGUCGAACGAUCCCAGCCCGUCGGAGGUUAUAAGUCAAGCCAGCACAAGGCCACCUGACCAGAUGCUAAGUAACCACGAUAGUGCACCACUCAAUCCUCCCCAAACGGUUUCAAUCAGGCAACAGACAACUCGGCGAAAUUGUGGUUCUUCUGGAGGAAACCAAGCGGAAAAUCUACCACUCAAGACAAACAAUCAGCAAUCCAGAGCCUUACAGCCUUCCGACGGAAAUGUAAGACCCGUGAACACCCCUACCGAUGUGAAGAAAGUCGGCCUUCUUCGUAAAAUGGAUUCAGACUUCAAUUUCCCAGUGGAUUCGCUUGAACCGUUCGACCUAGGAAUGGACAAAGAGAAUAAAUUCAACGUACCGACCCCAAGGUCACAAAAAACGAAAGCGCAGGUACAGAAACAGUCCUCCCCCUUGGUUUUGAGUGCACAUUCAAGCACUCACGAACCUCCGGAGGAUUUAAACAAACCCUUGCACGAUCUUGAACUCAAAGUGCCUAAUAUGAAGCUAAAAAGUCGGCCUACAGUCGCAGAGAAAUGCAUACAAGUGGAACCCCCAGAGCCUGAAAAACCAACACUUCCGUAUUGGCUUCAACCCACCCCAGUUCAGCUCUACCCAUACAACUUCAUCAAGGCCGUUCGCAAGAAACUCGAAGCUAUAACAAAUCCCGUACAAUCCACUAAAGAGGAAAAGACUGAAAUCGUGAAACAACCAGAACCGAAAGAAGUAAAAAAGUACAUUCCACCCCACUCACUAUCACUGCCUUCAGCUGCUCGCCAGCGUCUCCUCAGUCGUCCCGACCUGAAUGAAGUCUCGUCAAUCAACGCGGAACAAGGUCCAGGCCACAAACUUUCAACAGCUUCAAGUGUCUUCACGCCGUUUUUGAAUUCACCUAUAAAUUCCCCAAACAAAAACCUAACCUUUUCGCCACGAAAGUCCCCUGAUUCCGGACCACCGCCUCAUCCACCUGCCCCGGAUCAAUCGAAAAGUCUAUCGGAACUCACCAGCUCAGUCACGCUUAACAUUCCCCAGUCGAAUACUGUUUCGGAAGUGAGUUCGAUUCACUCGGAAGUCAUGAGGCAACCUUUCCCGACCAGCACGCGUAUCUCUAGAAGGAGUCGACGGGCAGCCAAAAAACACGAAGACGACACCACGGCGUCGUCUUCUGUGUUUUCAAGUCCUGAGAAAAGGCCUCCUGUGCCGAAAAAGCUGCUAGAAAUGCCUCUCAACUCACCUAACAACCAACAAGCUCCUGAAAAGAUCAAAGACAAAUCGGAAACGUUCAACAUAAGCCCGCUUUCAACCGAUAAAAUAAACAAUUUGAAUCUGAAGCCAAAGUCCGGGACAGAAUCAUCUGCUGAGGUGAAGUCGCGGGAAGAAUUCGAGCAAAUGCUGCAAGACUUCAAUAAAAGCUUGUCUCAUGUAAUUGAAGUGAAUCAGCAGCUCCAAUCUGCCCUGUCGAAAACGCCCCGUUCUGCUUCGUCUAGGUCAAUAGCGGAGAAUAUAGGAUCAGAGGAAUCACGCCAGACCCUACGGACUGACCGAAAGGGAUCAUCUUCAAAAUCAGAUAACUACAGCUCAGAUUUCGAAGAAGGGGGGAGUGUCAAAACUGAGAAGAGUGGAACCGUUGAUGUAGUGGAGGUCGAUUCAAAGUCAAGGAAUACCCAGAGCUUACCUAGCGUUAAGGAAUCUUCGUCCCAAACAUUGGAAACAAUGACAAGUAAAACUUCUACGAGUAAAACCGCAAAAGAGGAAAUUUAUUCGACUCAAGACCAGUCGGACAAUCGAAUAGGAUCGGCGCAACCAUCCCCAUCAAAAGCUUCAUUUAACGAAGUAAUAAAAAACGCCUCAACCUACACUGAAGACUUCCAUGAUUCCAUCGAGGAAGCAUCAAAAACAUAUCAAAAGUUCGUCUCUUCCCCCGGCCAACACGGUCUUCUACAAGAUUCAAAUAACUUUUCGAAAGAUUCUUUGGAGCUUGAGAAAUACGCCGACCCUGACGCCUGGAGAAGGCAACCCUCAAGAGAAGAUAUCAUACGGAACCAAAUCAACAUGACCCGCGGCGACCAAGACCCUGCCAGACAAGACAACAUGCACCAGAUUGUCAAUCGUCAAUCCGAUUCAAGAAUUCUCAUAUCCGAUGAUUCUGUUUCGCAUCGUCCGGUUUUGAAUUCAUCAAUGGGAAGUGACAUUUUCGCUAUUUUCAAUCAAUCUGAAAUGGAAUUGUCCAUUAUAUCGCAAAGUUCCAGACUUUCUGAAACUCAUUUGAACUAUUCAAGCUUGGGAUGGUACGAGCAGCUAAUCAAAACCGAAGCCACGAAGACUGAACACUUGACGGCGCUCCUGAAGAUACGCGAGAAGUCAAUCCUGGACCGAACUCGAGGGCAGAUUGCGCUGUUGGAGAUACAGAAGGAGAAAUGCAAGGCGAAGGGUUUAACCGUCCAAAUAUCGAUCAUAAAGAGGAAGCAACGAGCUAUUUUGAUGAAAAUGGAAAAGGAACGGGAAGAAAUCAAAAGAAUCCUGAAACUAUCUGAAAAAGACACGAAGGACAAACAGAAUACAUCGACAUGCGCGCCAAAAAUUCCCGAAUUCACAAUAUCCACAAAUUUAUCCCUUCGAAAAAAAGUAAUCCCCGCAGACCAGUUAGAAUCCAGAGGACUAAUCCGCGGCUACGAGCUGAACACAAGCCAAAAUUUAGAAAUGAUCCUACGAGAGCGUGAAGAGGAGUUACAAAGACGCCGAAAACACGUGGAACGCCUAUUGGAAUGGCACCAACGUCUCGACCAAGAAGAAGAGGAAGUCCUAAAAAUCGAACAACUACUCUACAAGUGCAAUCAGCAAAAACGAACUCAUCCAGUUGAUGAAGUAAAAACAGCAAAAGAACGAAAGAAACACAAGAAGUUGAUGGACAUUGAUAAAAGCCUACGAGAAUUGCAGAGUAUAACGACAAACAGCGGAAGCGAAAGCGGGAAUAGGGAGAGUGUUCACAACGAAUACAUCCGCACUUCGGGUAGAAAGUUGAAUAAAUUAUGGCGCCGACUAACGGGAAGAACAGAAGCACGAUUUGACGAGGUAAAAAAAUAUAAGUUAAGCAAAGGUGAUCUGGAGAAGUUGUACGAAGAUGCAAAACAAGCAGUUCUUGCCGAUUUCCAGAAAAACGAUGCAAUUGAAAUUCUAACGGAUCAGUCCAAGUUAAACGAAUCAGAAACGAGCUCUGCAAAAGCCUCAAAGCCAGCGGACAUACCUAAACUUAAUUUGAACUUCAGUUCGGGUACAUCUGAUUCGGAGCAGGUUCCCACAAGAAAAUCCGCCGAGAAUAUAACGUUUAUAACUACGGCCAACACCAAUGAAAAUACAACGAAUGAGUCAGAUGCGUCUGAUAAUCAGUCAACAGACCCGAAAUCAAAUAAUAAAGACACUGAGUACACGUUGAAUUUUUCCCUAAGCGAGGAUCUUUCCUCCAAAGAAUUAGACACUUCUUCGUCUGCACCCAAGACGAAGUCCUCAACGACUUCUCCAAAAAAUGAUGUGACCGUGAUAACUCAUUCUCCAAACAGUCGCUCUCCAGUCAAUGGGAAUUCUGAAGCAGAUAUAUCGCCUGAUUACACCCCGCCUGGUACAGAAACUGUCACUGAAAGUUUUGAAUAUUCUCAACAGAAAAGCUCCACCUCCCCGAAAGAUUCAGGACAGAGUGAAAAAGUCCAAAAAGAAGCGAAUUACGAUGAGUUGAGCAUUGCAGAAACUGUGCUGUCCCAAUCAACUGAAACGAUUUCUGAACAAGUAGCACAAAGUCUAGCUCUGUUCAAUGGGCACACGGCACUCAGCUCUUAUUACAAUAUUUCUCUGGAUAAGGACAAUGAUAGCGAAACUAUGAUUGAAGAUAUUUCCAUACCGAGAUUCGAAUCAACUGGAGAGGAUACAAGAUCAAUAGCAGAGGAAUUUGUUCCGGAAGAUGUUGAAAAUAAGGUUGAUUAUUUCCAAUUCGAAACACAGGAGCAGCUAGCUGAGGAUGAGGAAGAUCGUCCUCCAUCAGAAUUAGAGAGACGCUUAAUAGAUUUAGAUGAAAGCUUGAAAGGGCUCAGUUGUUCAUUUGAACGUGCACUGAGUCCCGAAAUUAACACUACAAGUCCUCGGAACACAACUCCGAACCAGUUCGCCGGGGAAGACGAUAAAGAAAACCGUCCACAAGAUUCACCUGCCACAAAAAUGACAGUCAAGGACUAUCUUCUCAAUCCCGAGGCCACAUCAGGACUCAUGCCUGAUAUUAUAAAUGAAGUUGAAUUGCGAAGAAGGCAGCAAAUACUGGUUGAAAGUGAUAUUAUUCAGUUAGAAAAUGCGGUGCCAUAUGCGCUAUUACGAGAAAUACCGAACAAGCCGCCACCUCCUUAUGUGCCCCCAGCUCAUGGCAGCCCAAUGACAACGAUUUUCCCAUCAGAAGCUCGUAUCAAGGAGAUUACAUUCCGACGUACAAAAGAAUUGUACGAAGAAAUUGUUGGAAGAGACGAUACGACUGAAAAACAAGAAUCAAUUCUUGAUGAAAACAUAACAAACAUUUACGAACGGAUAAUCCUCGACAUCUGCAAAGAAUGCGUUCGCGACUAUCAGCCAACCUUCACUGCAAACAUGGUCCUUGUCGAUAACUAUAAAAUGCCACUCGCCCUCUUCAAUCCUCCGAAUCGUCUCAAAUGCAUUCAGGAAUUCGUAUAUAAACGAGUCCGAAAGCUUCUGAGCAUGGACAAGCAGCAACCUCGUCAGAACUCGAUAUUUUCACUUGGUCGACGAAAGCGUGAUCAUGUCGACGAAAUCCUCAUACAGGAGCUUUUUGAAGAGGAGCAUAAAUGGACCAACUUCGAUCUAGAGGAAGCCGAAGUGAGGGAUAGUGUCGUUGAUGAAGUGUUUAAUGAGCUAGUAAAGGAGCUGAUCGAUGAUUUCGAGGAGAACUGCAAGUGGAAGAAACAAAAGGAAAACAACGAAUGAAGUUCGAAUGUAUGUACAGAUUAUUGUGACCUUCAACUUUCAUAUCGGAUGCUCAUUAUUAGUAAAAUUUGUGAUAAAAAA